AUGGUGGGCAUCGUCGGCAUGAACCUCGUCUGGGCGUGCGGGUCGAUUGAGUUGACUUUGCCCCAGAAGGUGUCGCUCAUGUUGUGCUGCUCCGUUGCCAACCAGGGCAGCAUCUUCCGCUGGUCACGCGACCACCGUGCCCACUUGAAGAAUCUCGGCACCGAGCUGGACCCGUACUACAGUGACCGGGGGGGCUUCUUCUCGUACAUGGGCUAUGUGAUCUUGCAGAAGACGCAGGCCGCUCUGAAGGCUUCUAAGGAGGUGGAUGUGGCUGACCUAGUUCUGGAUCAAGUCGUCAUGUUUCAAGCUGACGUCGACGUGUGGUGGAAUUUGUCGUUUUGCCACGCUGUUCCAGCAUUCAUUACCAUGCUCUGGGGUGAGGAGCUGUUCCUCGGCUGGAUUAUUUGCGGGUGCACUCGUUACGUCCUCGCAUUGCACGCCAAUCUCCUCCUCGUCCACUUUCAGCACCUCUGGGGCCCGACGACUAUCAAGGAAGAACUCGGCACGCAGGAGGCGCUGUCGCAGGAGUCCCUAACCUUUGCUCGGCAGGUGUCCGAGGAGGCCGUCGAGGCCCGGUCGCAGCCCAGCAUGUGGCGCUCCAACUCCAGCCUGGACUUGACAGAAGGAGUGACGAAGAUCGUCGGUGAGAACCUGGGGGACCCGAGCCAGGCCGACUCAAGCGGCCGCCCGGCACCGCUGGGCGAGCUGGCGCGCUCGCAGGAGGGCGACUCUGGCCCGGUCUUCGUGAAGUACAACGUCAGGCAGGAGGGCGACGGCGACCCCUCCGUGGAGGUGAAGCUGGAGCCCCUCUGGCGCCGGAGCACGCUGGUGGACCUGGCCAAGGACUGUGUGGCGGACAUCCUCGGCAUCAAAGCCGAUGCUGUCAAACCGGACCGGCCUUUGAUGGACCUCGGCUUCGACUCCAACGGCGCGCUCAAGCUGCGAGAAAAGCUGCAGCGGCGCCUCAAGGUGGACCUUCCGCCGACGCUCCUGUUCAACUUCCCCACCAUCAACGAGAUGGUGGACCACGGUCUCUCCACGCUGGCGCCCCGCCCGACUACACCAGCAGCCACGGCGGUAGCAAGGGAGAGGGCUGCACACCACACGCCAGACCUCGCUGUCGUGUCGACCGCCUGUCAGAUCCCGUUCUCGUAUGGCACCAGUGGUUAUUGGGAGACGCUGUCGUCUCGGACGGAUGCCGUCGUGGAGGUGCCCUUGGCUCGCUGGGACAAUGAGCUCUACUACUCCUCCGAGCCGACGGAAGGCAAGACAUACUGCCGCCACGCAGGCUUCAUCGAAGGCGCCGAUCUCUUCGACACCUCCUUCUUCGGCAUGAGCAACGCAGAGGCCAGGGCGACCGACCCUCAGCAGCGGCUUCUGCUCCACACCGCGUACCAAGGCCUCCAGGGCAACGGCUACGACAAGGCGACACUCGCAGGCUCGGAGCUCGGAGUGUUCGUCGCGCUCAGCAACUUGGACUGGUACCACAUGUCUCUCUCGAAGCCGAGUGUGUUCACGGGCCCCGGCGUGGCCAGCUCCAUCGCCGCGAACCGGGUGUCGUUCUCGUUCGGCCUCACCGGGCCGAGUAUGACGGUCGACACAGCUUGCUCAUCCUCCAUCUCGGCCAUGAGCGCGGCUAUGCACUGCCUCGUCGGCGGCGGGGCGGUGCACGAGGCGCUGGUGGCGGCGACAGAGCUGCUGCACGGCCCGAACUCGUUCGUGCUGCGCUCGGUGGCAGGCAUGCUCAGUGGAGCGGGUCGCUGCAAGACUUUCAACGCGACAGCGGACGGUUACAUCAGGGGCGAAGGUGCAGGUGCUGGUGUGAUCACGCACCUGCGAGACGCCGAAGACGGCCGCUGCACAGUGCUGGCGGACGUGAAGAGCGCGGUCAUGAACCAGGACGGCAAGAGCGCAACGCUAACCGCCCCCAACGGCCCAGCGCAGGAGAAGGUCGUCUUGCAGGCGCUGCGCGAUGGUGGCGUGGAGUCUGCCUCGGUGGCCGCCAUAGAGUGCCACGGCACAGGCACCGAGCUCGGCGACCCCAUCGAGGUCGGCGCGCUCAAGGCGGUCCUGGGCACGCCGUCCGCGCAUGCGCCUGAGCUCUAUCUCUGCGCUGGAAAGUCUAAUCACGGCCAUUUGGAGGGCGCGGCGGGCUUCGCAGGUAUGCUCAAGGUCUGGACGUGCCUACAGCACCUGCAGGUCACCCCGAACGUCCACUACGCUGCGCUCAACCCGCACAUGAGCAUCGACAACUCUCGGCUCGUUGUCCCAGAGUCGGUCUCGGCGUUGCCCGAGAAGGGGGCGAUCAUGGGUGUCUCAUCUUUCGGCUUCGGCGGCACCAACGCACACGCUAUGAUGGCGCAACCGAAAUCGAGCGGCCCACAGCAGGCAAUCGAGCACAAGAUCGCGUUCCUCUUUACUGGCAUGGGCUCUCAACAGGUCGACAUGGGCAAGCGCCUCUACAAGACGAACGAGGUCUUCCGGUCGGCGCUGGACCAGUGUCGGGACAUUUGCAAGGAUCUGUCUCUUCUGCAGGAGAAUCUGCUGGACGUCAUGUUCCCCGAGGACAGGGAGAUGGCGACCAAGCUCGAGACAACCUUGUAUUCGCAAGUGGCGAUCUUCUCGCUGGAGUACGCCCUCGGCAAGAUGUGGAGCGCCCAGGGCAUCGUCCCAUACGCGGUGAUGGGGCACAGCGUCGGCGAGUUCGCCGCGGCGGUGUACGCAGGAGUGAUGUCGGUGGAGGACGGCCUGCGCCUGAUGGCCGCCCGCGGCCACUUGACCGAGAAGCUGGUCGAUCAGGACGCUGGCUGCAUGACCUCGAUCUUCGCCUCCUGGGGCGUCGUCCAAGCUGCCAUCGAGCAGGCCGAUCUGAAGGGCGGCGUCGCCGUGAUUGCAGCCAUCAACGGCCCGUCCGCGACCAUGGUUUCUGGCACCAAGGCCGCUGUGGCCUCCGUAUGCGAGAACGUGAAGGCGAACCACGUCACCAUCAGCACUCGGCAUGCGUUCCACUCCCCGCUCCUGGAGCCGAUCUUGCCAGAGCUGCGCGAGGCGGUCGCGAGCUGCAAGCUGAGCCCCCCGACGGCCUGCAAGAUGGUCUCGAUACUGUCGGGCAGCGAGGAAAAGGACAAGUUUGCCACCGCGGCGCACUGGGUGGGGCAUGACGAGCCUCGCCCGAUGCUUUUCCUGCAGGGCAUGGAGACGCUAGAGAGGAUGGGGUGCACCGCCUUCGUGGAGAUCGGCCCGCAGCCCGUGCUCGUAAAGAUGGGCCGCCGUUGUGUGGGCGAGCGAGCGGACGGGUUCGAGUGGCUGGCAAGCAUCCAGCCAGGGCGUGACGACGUUCAGGAGGUGCUGCGCGUACGCAGGGCCCUCGGCGCCACUGCGGGUGCUCGGCCCUCCGAGCUGAAGCCCGUAGCCAUGCCGUGGCGUGCCCCGCUGCUGCAUCCGUUGCUGGGCGCACCUGUGCAGGAGGGCGGGGCCACGUCGUUCAGCUCUGACGCCCCGCUGAGCUCGGGCCCGGCCAUGCAGCUCUUCCAGCAGCACUGCGUGUUCGGGGAGGUCGUGCUGCCCGGCGCCAGCCACAUCCUCCUUGCGGCGGCUGCCCGCUUGGUGAUCUCUGGGGGCUUCUGCGCGGAGGUCACGGACGCGGUCUUCGAGCGCCCAUUCUUGGUACCAGAAGACGGUGGCGUACGGCUGCACUGCCGGGUGUCCGAGGAUGGCACGGAGGUCUCGAGCUCACCGAAGGAUGGCGACGUGACCGUCCACGCCCGCUUUGGACAGUCGAGGGUCAUUGGGCUCCCCGCCAGCGAGGCAGACCAUCUUCCGGAGAUGCGGAAAUUAUGUGGCGAGCCCUCACCAGAUUGCAUCAAGGAUUUGUACGCAAGUUUCGACGAGCGUGGGUUGGGCUAUGGGCCCUCCUUCCAGGUGCUUCGAGAAUGCGCAUUCAGCAAGGAUGGCGCUGUAGCGCGCCUGGGCCAUGAGACGACGCUCUGGGAGCGCUGCCUGCAGCUGCUGCACCCCGCGCUGCUCGACGGCGCGCUGCAGCUGCUGGUGGAGAGUGCGUCGCGCCAGUCGGAGACGCCCGCGACGUACCUGCCCUUCGCAGUCAAGCGCGCGGUCGUUGCGGCCAACUGCCCUUCGGGCGAGCUGUGGGCCACCGUGAGGAUCCUGGAGUCGACGGCUACGUCUCUCACAGCGAACGUGGAGGUUGUCAGCGCGGACGGGAAGCUCGCGUGCCGCUUGGAGGGCGCGAGCUGCCGCCGUGCCGAGGGCAAGCCCCAGGAGGCGGACGGCUCCGAGGGGUGCUUGUACAGCCGCGAGUGGAUCCCCGCGCCGCAGGUUGCCGGCGGCGCGCACGGCAAGGUGCUCGUUGUCAGCGGCCGCUCAGACGCCAUCCAGGCGGUGUUGGGACUCGACUCGACCAAGUGCGCAGCGGCCGCCACCAUCGAGGACGCCCUGAAGAAGGUCGACGGCGAGUUGGCCACCAUCGUGCUGGAGGCCGCUGGUGAGCAGGUGGACGCGCUGGACAGCAUGCUGAGGCUAGUGCAGGCCGUCACGAGCAAGGACGGCGAUCUGCCCCGUGUGGUCCUUGUCACGACCAGUGCUCAAGCCGUGAAGGCUGGAAUGGACGUGGACCCGGAGCACUCCGGCAUCUGGGGCUUCGCGCGGGCGCUUCGGCUGGAGAUCACGAGCUUGCCGGUCACCUGCGUAGAUCUGUCGGGCGGCUCAGACGCGGGCGCCGUCACGAGCGCCUUGCUGGCGUCCGAGGCCGAGCUCGGCGUGCGCGGCGGCGAGGCGCUGACGUCGCGGCUGGCACGCAGCGACGUGGUCCCCAAGAGGCCCCUCCGCCUGCAGAUGGCUCGCCGCGGCAGCCUGCAGAAUCUGAGGCCGGUACCCCAGACCGAGCGCAAGUCACCGUCUGCUGGCGACAUCGAGGUGCGGGUGAAGGCCAUUGGCCUCAAUUUCCGCGACGUCCUGAACGUGAUGGGCUUGUACCCCGGCGACCCGGGCGAGCCAGGCCUCGAUUGCUCUGGCACAGUGGUCAACAUGGGCGAGGGUCUCGAGAAGAACGAGCUACGCUGCGGCGACACCUCUGUGGGCAUCGUGUGGGGCUGCCUGAAGACGUACGCGUCCACGAAAGCGCAGCUGCUGGUGCCGCAACCCGACACCUGGACCCCGGCCGAUGCGGCGGCGCUACCCACGGUCUACACGACGGUGGACGUGGCCUUCCGGGAGUUGGCGAAGCUCAAAAAGGGCGAGCGCGUGCUUAUCCACGCGGCGACGGGCGGCGUUGGCCUCGUUGCCGUGCAAUACGCCCAGCGCAUGGGCGCGAUUGUGUACGCCACAGCAGGCAAAAAGGAGAAGCAGGACCACCUGCGCGGGCUCGGUGUGCAGUACAUCACCAGCUCUCGGAACGACGACGAGUUCGAGGCCGACAUGCUCAAGUUCCUCGGAAAGGAGAAGAUCGACGUCUGCCUCAACAGCAUGAGUCACCUCGGUUUCAUCCCACGCUCACUUCGCCUGCUCAAGAAUGGCGGUCGCUUCGUCGAGAUUGGGAAACGAGACGUUUGGACCGUGGAAGAGGUGAAGAAAGAGUUUCCCACGGUCGACUACCACCUGCUCGCCAUCGACUACGUCUGCGAGUUCGAGCCGGACAGGUACCAGGGGCUCCUCAAGCGACUCCAGAACGAGCUCCAGGGCGGGUCCUGGAAGCCACUGCCCGUGACGUGCUACGAGGGCCUGGAGACUGGAGUUGCCGCGAUGUCGUUCCUGCAGAGGGCAGCGCAGAUUGGCAAGGUGGUCCUUACAGCGCCGCCCCGCAUGGGGCUGAAGCCUGCGGCCGGCUACGUGCUCUCUGGCGGCAUGGGUGCGCUGGGUGUCGUCACGGCGCAGGCCAUGGCCGAGGAGGGCGCCAAGUGCAUGGUGCUCCUAUCUCGCAGCGGAAAAGCCGCCGCCGAGGUUGAGUCGCAGUGGAAGUGGUUGCAGGCCUCAAGCGCGGACGUCCUGGCAUGGAAGUGCGAUAUCGGCGACGCCAAGAGCGCGGAGUCGUUGAAGAAGCAACUGAAGGCGGACCUCAAAAACCCUGUGCACGGUGCCUUGCACCUUGCUGGCAUUCUUGACGACGCCCUCGUGCCUCAGCUGACCCGCGGCCACUUCGAGAGGGGCUUCGCGCCCAAGGUGGGCGGAGCGCGCCAUCUGCACAACGCGUUGGCGGGCGCGCCCCUGGAUUUUCUGGUCGUCUACUCCUCGACCGCGGCGUUGCUCGGCGCGGCGGGCCAGGCGAACUACUCAUCGGCCAACGCCUGCCUGGACGGGCUUGCCCAGCACUGGCGGCAUGAAGGGCAGCCGGCACAGAGCGUGCAAUGGGGCCCCUGGCUCUCCGUGGGCAUGGCCGCGCAGAACAACUCGUUCCAGCGCCUGAAGCUGGGUGGCAUCAGCAACGAACUCGGGCUGUCAGUGCUGUCGGCCGCGCUCGACCCCGCCGCAGGCGGCCCCGUGCUUGGCUGCGCGCUGGUCCAGUGGCCUGGCUACCUGAAGCAGUUCCCCAACGUGCCAUCCUACUUCUCCAAGUUCAGGGGUUCUAGCGUUGCCGCGUCUGGUGGGCAGGCUGGCGCUGGCACUGGCGCCGAGGCCGCCAUGAUGAGCCCCGAGAGCGUCGUGACGUGGAUCAGCUCGGUGGCCGCCGACGUCGUCGGCUCCGAGGUGGCGCUCGACGAGCCGCUCAUGGCAGCGGGCAUGGACUCCCUCUCCUCGGUGGAGUUCCGGAACCGGCUGUCCGCGGAGUGCAACUUCAUGAAGUUCCCGAACACACUCAUGUUCGACCACCCGACGCUGCGCGCAGUGUCCGCGCUGGUCACCGACUCUCUGGCGCCCAUUGCAGCCGACACGGCGGCGCCUGCGACCGCCGCCCCGAAGUCGGCGGGCGACAUGCGGGUUGUCUCCCGUGGGCUCGCGUGCAGGUUCCCUGGCGGCGACGGCGUCGAAGAGGGCUGGAGCCGAUGGGUGAAGAAGACGGACUCCGUCAUCGAGAUCCCUUAUAUGCGAUGGGACGUGCUCGAGUACUUCAACCCCGACCAGGACGCUGGCGGCAACUUCAUGUAUGCCCGGCACGGCGGCUUCGUCGAGGGCGCCGAGCUCUUCGACGCGCAGCACUUCGGCAUGUCCGGAGCAGAGGCCAAGACCAUCGACCCGCAGCAGCGCUUCUGCCUCGAGGUCGCCUUCUGGGCCUGCCACUCUGCAGGCGUGGACAAGGGCCAGCUGCUCGGCUCGAACACGGGGGUUUUCGUCGGCCAGUGCAACCACGACUGGGCCAAGUCCUCCACGGAGCGCGGGGCCAAUCCGUACACAGGUCCAGGCACCCACGGCUCGAUCACCUCCAAUCGCGUGUCUUACAGCCUCGGGCUGAGGGGGCCCAGCGCCUCGGUGGACACCGCGUGCUCCUCCUCGCUGGUGGCGCUGGAUAUUGCGGCGAACAAGGUGCAUGUGGACCUCCCUUUCGCGCUCUGCGUGGGCGUGCAGCUCAACCUCAUCCCCGAGCCCUUCAUCGCAUUCAGCAAGGCCCGCAUGCUCUCGCCAGACGGCCGCUGCAAGACCUUCGACGACUCCGCCAACGGCUACGCGCGUGGCGAGGGUUGCGGCGCGCUGCACAUGGAAGCGGCGAAGAACCUCACGGACAGCACCCUGCCCGAGGUCGGUUCCACGAUGACUAACCAGGAUGGCCGCAGCUCCACCCUCACGGCGCCGAAUGGCCCCGCGCAGCAGGAGGUGGUGCGCAGGGCGCUGCAGCAAGCGGGCGUGGCGGCCUCCCUCGUGAACUACGUCGAGUGCCACGGGACUGGCACUGCGCUGGGCGACCCCAUCGAGGUUGGGGCGUUGAAGGGCGUCUUGAGCGCGGGCCGCAGCUCUCCCGUGGUGCUGGGCACGGUCAAGACCAACAUAGGGCAUCUCGAGGGCGCCGCGGGCAUCGCGGGCCUGGUCAAGUGCAUGCAGACUUUGGUGCACCGCGAGGCGCCCCCGAAUGUGCACUUCGGGAAGUUGAACCACACGAUCGAGCUGGACGAUUUCCAAGUGAUCGUCCCCACCUCCAUGACACCCCUGGAGGGCACGGAUCUCUCCGCUGGCCUGUCGUCCUUCGGUUUUGGAGGCACCAACGCGCACGUGAUCUUCAAGCAUUCGACCCAGGCAACGAAGAAGGCUAGCACAACCGAUGGAGCUAGCGUGCGCCAAGUAGGCUUCCUGUUCACUGGUCAAGGCUCUCAGUACGUCGGCAUGGGCAAGCAGCUCUACGAGGCGGACGCCACAUUCCGCGCGACGCUCGACGCGUGCGCAAAGCUGCUGGAUCCUUUGCUCAAGGUCCCACUGCUCGAGGUGAUGUUCGAGGAGAAAGCAGAGCAAAAGGGUCUCCUUGACCAGACCGAGUACUCGCAGCCAGCCAUAUUCUCGGUGGAGGUAUCCUUGGCGGCGAUGUGGAAGGCCAAGGGCGUCCAGCCAAGCGCGGUCCUGGGCCACAGCGUCGGCGAGUAUGCCGCUGCGGUCGCCACUGGCGUAAUGUCCCUCGAGGAUGCCGCGAGGCUCAUCGCCGCCCGAGGGCGCCUCAUCCAGGAAAAGUGUGAGGCCGGUGUCGGUGGCAUGGUAGCAGUCUUUGCGCCAGAGGAGGCAGUGAAUGAGGCGAUCGGGUCACUGACGAAGAAAGAGAAGCAGGACGUGGCGAUCGCCGGCGUAAACGGCCCCAAGCUGUGCGUGGUGUCCGGCAGGAGCAAGACGGUAACCAAGGUGGUCGAGGCCACUGGCGCAGGGAACAGGGCCCUGAACGUUUCGCACGGCUUCCACUCCCCCCUGAUGGCCCCGAUGUUGGCCGCGUUCAGGCAGGAGGUGUCCAAGGUUAAUCUUUCUGAGCCGAAGGGCUGCCGCUUCGUGUCCACGGUCACCGGCAAGGAGGUGUCGAAGGAGUUGAGCGACCCAGAGUACUGGGUGAACCACGUAGAGCGCACGGUGCGCUUCGCCGACGGCAUGGCCGCGUUGGAGGCCACCAGCUUGGACGUGUUCUUAGAAGUGGGGCCAGAACCCACGCUCGUGAAGAUGGGCAAGCGCUGCGUGCAGAGCGACAAGAGCUACGACUGGCUUUCCUCCCUGGAGGCUAGGGACGGCGCCGGCACAGACGAGCAGUCGGUGGCAGAGGCCGAGGCUGUGAUUCGCGGCGGACUGGCGCCCUUGAAGUACAAGAGGUCACCAUUCCCCUGGCGCGACGCUGGGCCACGAAUGUUGCGCAGGCGCGGUGGGAACGACAAGGAGGUGCACUUCGACGUCCCCGUGCGCUCGGACCUCUUCGCAGUGGCUGGGGAGCACGUCGUCUACAGUGAGAUCGUCGUGCCUGGCGUGGUGUUCGUGGAGAUGGCCACGGAGGCUACCAGGGCGCAUUUGGGCGACGGAGUUCAGCUGAGGGACGUGCAGAUGGUGUGGCCGCUGGUGGUGCCCAAAGACGGGGACUGCGACGACAAGCAGACCUGGAUGCGCCUGGCCAUCAUCGGCAACAAGAAGUUCGAACUCCGCAGCCAGGGCCCUGGCGACGACAAAUGGACCGUGCAUUGCGAGGGCAAGAUUACUAUCUCCUCCGAGACACCAGCACAGCCGGAGGACGAGGCGGUGGUCCGCGCGCGCUGUCCAGAGUCUGUGGAUUCUGCCAAGUUGUACCCCUUAGUGGACAGCACCGGGCUCUGGCUCGGACCCAAAUUCCAAGUCAUCAGUGGCAUGGUGCGGAGCAAGGACGAGAUCUCGUGCAGGAUGCAGUUGGCCCCAGACGUCACCAAUGUCGGCUACGUCAUCCACCCCUCGCUGUUCGAUGGCACGAUCCACGCAGUCUGUGCCACGAUGUUCGACCAGGACCCACCUUUCCUGAAAAUCUUCGCUGGCGUGGGCAAGGUUCAGGUGUUCUGCCGCGAGGCGCCCAAGAACGAGAGCGUCAUCUUGCACCUCCGCAUCGACGAACUUACGGAGCAGCAGCAGAUCUUCACGUGCACUGUGCACAACGAGGCUGGCGUUGUGCUUUGGGUGAUGGAGAAUGUAAUAUUCCGAAAGGUUCUACCCGAACAGAUCCAGAAGGCUCUGGAGGCGACCAAGAAGAAGGAGGACGUGAGUUUUUUCGACGCGCAGUGGAUGCCUGUCAAGGACGCAUCCGACGAGCUGGCCGCAGACAGCGGUACCUGGCUGGUCCUGGCUGAGGACAAGAAGCUGCUCGAGGAGAUGAGCAAGACCUUGGGCAGCAGGCACACCUACGGCUCUGCGCUCAGCCUCCCCGACGACUUAUAUGGCUUCACCAAAAUCAUCAGCGUGGCCGCCGAAAAGGCGUCCCACGUGGACGUCCUAGAAGGCUCGGUCAAAGUCUUGCAGCGCGUGGUCGGCAUGGAGAAGACCGAGGAAAAGGCGCCACCAGAAGUUUUCUUCGUGCUGCAGGGCACGCAGGCGGCUGACGUCGCCGACCUCAGCGGCGCACCGGUGCCCAUGCAUGCAGGAGUUUGGGGAAUGUCGCGCUGCCUGCGGCUCGAGCAUCCCGACGCCUUGGCAGGAUGCAUCGAGUUGGGCGGCUGCGGCGGUGGUGCCGCCGACCUCGUGGCACGGCUGCGCGCCGUGCGGGUGCGGCAGGACGACCUACUAGAGCCAGAGAUCGUGUUACAGGGUGCGAGUUCGACGCCCACACAGUACGUCGCACGCCUGGCUGAGGUCACCGCGCAGUUCCCCGUCCAGGAGCAGCUCUCCUUCGACAAGGAGGGCUCAUACGCCGUCAGCGGCGGCACGGGCGGCCUCGGGCUGUUGUUCGGUCGCUGGAUGGCCGACCAUGGCGCGGGCCACUUGGCGCUGCUCUCGCGCAGCGGGAAGGCCCCUCCAGAGUCCUCGGCCAUGAUGGACCAGCUGCAGGCGUUGGGCGGCGUCACCGUCUCUGUCCAGAAGUGCGACGUGCAGGACGCGGCGGACGUGAAGGCGCUGUUCAAGAGCCUCAAAGGCGUCAAAGGCGUCAUCCACGCGGCGGGCGUUCUGGACGAUCACCUCAUCGUGGACUUGGAGAGGCAGCAUUUCGAGAAGGUGUUGAAGCCUAAGGUUGACGGCACUCUGAACUUGAGCGCUGCGCUGGAGAGCGCGGCGGGGCUGGAUUUCUUCGCUCUGUUUUCCUCCAUCGCCGCCAUGCUUGGCUCUCCGGGCCAGGCCAACUACUGCUCUGGCAACGCCUUUAUGGACUCAUACGCGCUCCACCGGCGCGCGCAGGGUCACUCCGCAGUGAGCGUCCAGUGGGGCCCUUGGGCCGAGGUGGGCAUGGCCGCGCGAGCGGGCACGUCAGAGACCAGCUAUCAGCGGAUCCCGCUCGCAGGCGGCCUCGCGGCCAUGGGCGCCAUCCUGGGUACGAGCGCGAGCGUGGUGGGCGUGGCCCGGGUCAACUGGUCAAACUUGCUGGCUGGCAUGGCCACGGUGCCUGCGUACCUGCAGAAUUUCAAGAGCUUCAAGAAGGCCGCAGUCGCCGCGGGCGCGAGCAUCUCGCGCGACCUAGUGUCAUCGACGAUCCAAGAUGUGUUGUGCGACGUGCUCGGGGACCCUGACCUGGCCGACUUCUCCGUGCCUUUGAUGGACAUGGGCUUGGACUCGCUGUCGGCCGUGGAAUUCCGGAACCGCGUGCAGGCGUCCUUCGACGGGUUGACGCUCACGGCGACGGUCAUGUUCGACUACCCCACCGUGGCCGACCUCAGCGAUUUCAUCGUGUCGCAGUUCGGCGGGGGCGGUGAGGAAGGCGGCGAGGGUGGUGCAGCUCGCGAGCUAAACGCACAGGAGGCGCUCGCGAUGCUCGGCGUGGCGUCGCGCUUCCCAGGCUGCAAGACCAACACGGCUGACGAGUACUGGAGCAUGCUCAUCCAAGGCAAAGACAUGAUCUCCGAAGUGCCAAUCGAGCGCUGGGACGUCGACGAGUAUUACGACGAAGACCCCUCUGCCGCGGGCAAGAUGUACGCGCGCAACGGCGGCUUCAUUACAGGGCUCGGGGACUUCGACGCCAAGAUGUUCGGGAUCCUUGACCUGGAGGCCCAGUCGAUGGACCCACACCAGCGCAUCCUCCUUGAGGUGGUGUACGAAUCCCUGUGGCACUCAGGCUUCUCGAAGGACGAUGUUUCGAACAGCAACACAGGAUCCUUCAUCGGUUGUGCCACUCUCGGCGGCAUCAGCGUCCUCGACGACGACAUCGGGCCGUACACAAACAUCGGCUCCUUCCCCUCCGGGAAUUCUGGGCGCGUGUCGCACGCCCUUGGUCUUCGCGGGCCUUGCUUCACUAUCGACACCGCGUGUUCCGCCACGCUUGUGGCCUUGGACUGCGCAGCGCAGGCCUCCCGUCUGGGCAAGACUGACAAGUCCGUGGUGGCGGGGAGCAACUUGCAGCUAUGCCCCAAUACUUGGGUUGGCUUCUGCAAGAUGAGCGCGCUAUCCGUCGACGGGCGCUGCAAGACCUUCGACGCGUCCGCCAAUGGCUUCACCCGCAGCGAGGGUGCGGGAUCUUGCAUCACGGAGCUCGUGUCCACCACGGAGAGACGCGGCAAGGUGGCCGUGUGCCAGGUGAUCGGCACAUGCGUAAACCAGGACGGGCGCAGCGCAACGAUCACCGCGCCCAGUGGCCCAGCGCAGCAGCGCUGCAUCAAUUCCGCUCUCGCUGAUGCUUCCGUGGACGGUGAGGAGAUCAGCAUGGUCGAAGUACACGGCACGGGCACUGCGCUCGGGGACCCGAUCGAGAUCGGCGGGUUGAAGUCGACCGUCGGCAAGGGCCGGUCUGCCGGGGACCCUGUGAUCUUGGCAGCUGCCAAGUCCAUCAUCGGCCACGAAGAGGGUGCCGCCGGUAUCGCUGGCAUCGUGAAGAUGGUGGCCUCAAUGCAGCACAAGCAGAUACCAAAGAACUUGCAUUUGAAGCAACUCAACCCGAACAUCGAUCUGGACGGCUUCGCCGUGAUCAUGCCUGACAGCCUCAUCGACUGGAGACCCAACAACGUGAAGGCGGGCACCUCGUCUUACGGCUUCAGCGGCACCAACUCACACUCCAUCUUGGAAGGCCCGAAGCUCAAGGACGGCGAGGUGCUGUCGCUGGUCCGCGCCGAUCCGCUACCCUGGAACAAGACGCCCCACCGCCUCCUCGGGAUGGAGGCCAUGGCGAGGAAGUUCUGGUAUGCCCUGGAGUGGCGACCUCAGGAACUGACCGCGCAGGACGCGAAGGGGAUGCUGCCAUGCUUGGUCGUCGGCAACGGGGACGUGGCGCGCGCGCUCCAGAAGACGCUCGACUGCGACCUGGUGGAGAGUGGCGCAGGUUUGUCUGCGAAGCUGAAGGAGCAAGAGUGGGCGACGCUCGUCUUCGCCGAGGCACUCUCGGCCGACGACCCGACCCUGGAGGGCAGCACGCUGGCCGACCUCUUGGAGCUUUGCAAGGCUUCCAUGGGCACAGGCCGGUCGACGCGCCUGGCUGCUGUCACUAUUGGCGCACAGUCGGUUGCAGGCGGCAGCAUCGGCCGCGGAGUCGUCGGCUCAGCUAUCUGGGGCUUCGUGCGCACGUUGCCUUUCGAGGCCCCAGGCCUGAAAGUGCAGAGCAUCGACCUCUGCGACGUCUCCGACACGGACGCUGCCGCUCAGACGAUCGCGAAUGAGCUCAGCGUUUCCACGGCGGGCAUGGAAGCAGAAGUGGCUUACAUCGACGGCGUACGCAAGGUGCCCCGGCUCGCCACGUGCCCAGUGCCCCAGGGAAGCGCCGACAUCGCCCGGCCAGAGGCCACGCAGCUGGUCACGGGAGGCCUCGGCGGCCUUGGCCUCCUCUGCGCGCAGUCGCUGGCAGACCUUGGGUCGCAGAGCCUCGUGCUCGUGUCCAGGAAGGGCAGGGUGCCGGACGGCGAGGAGGCCGUCGCGGCCCUGCUGGAGAAUUUGAAGAAGUCCAGUGCCACCGUGCACGCGUGGGCCUGCGACGUGUCAGACGCCAAGCAGGUGAGUAGCCUGACCAAGCGGAUCGGCCAGGAGAUGCCCAGCAACCCUCUGGGCGGAGUCGUGCACUCCGCAGGGGUCCUCGACUUCAUCGACAUCCAAUCGCAGAGCCCAGAGAGGUGGGCACCCGUUUUCAAGGCGAAGGUGUCCGGGGCAUGGAACUUGCACGAGGCGACGGAGGGAACGAAGCUGAAUAAUUUCGUGCUCUUCUCCUCGGUGUCAGCUUUCGUCGGCCUCUCCCGCGGGACCAGCUACUCUUCCUCCAACGCGUACCUGGACGGCCUGGCCCUCUGGCGUCGUGCGCAGGGUCUCCCUGCCACGGCGCUGCAAUGGGGGCCUGUGGCAGAAGUGGGCAUGUCCUCUCGGGACUCUCACGGCAUCGCCGACUCGGCCCUGAAGCUGAUCAAGCCGUCGCAGGUCCAGAAAGCCUUCAGCCAGUCGCUCUUCGCUGGGAGCAUGCCUGCUUCGCUUGCCUUCGCGCGUGUGGAUUGGGGCCAAUUCCAGAAGGAGCUGGGCAUCCAGGUCCCUGUGCUUCAGGAUUACGAUGGGGAGGAGAAGGUGGCUGGGGGCCCUGGAGGGGGCGUGCCCGACGCGUUCAAGGGCCUCUCUGCGGACCAGGUGCAGAGCCAGGUCAGCACGAUGGUCGCACAGAUCGCCUCGGGCGUGCUCGGUCUGGAGCUGGAGGAGCUGUCUCUGGACGCUCCGCUGAUGGAGGCUGGCCUGGACUCGCUGUCCUCGGUGGACUUCCGCAACCAGGUGGCGAAGAAGCUGCCAGGCCUCAAGAUGCCCAGCACGCUGAUGUUCGACUACCCCAACACUCGCGAAAUCGCCAGCUUCGCGGCCUCGAUGCUGGCGCCGGCCGACGCCGCCAGCGCACCGCAGGCCGCUGGCGCGCCAAGGGCGUCACCCACAGCCCCCGGCGGCGCAGCGGUCGCCGAGAGCACGGAGCCUGUGGGCAUCUGGUCUGGCGCCUACCGCUUCCCCGUGGACGGCACCAGCCUUGGUGAACUGUGGGCCGCACUCGACUCGCAACAUGACGGCGUGACCGAGAUCCCCUUCGACCGCUGGGACGUGGACGCUUACUACAGCGCCGACCAGGAGGAGCCCGGCAAGAUGUACGUCAGGCCCGUGCCGGGGGCCUACGAAGGGCCGAAGGGUCGUGGAGAGAUCCUUGGGGGUUCGCUUGGGGGUGGUUUCGCCUGGCAGAGGGCGGUGUAA